AGUGUUGAAACAAAUUGCACAUUUCAUGACAUUUAGUGCAUUCUAGAUACUAGUUGCGAAUAUAUACAAAUUGCGUAUUCUCGUCUGUUUUGAAAUCUUUUUGUUUUUUAAGUUAAUAAAAUAAAUAUUAAAGUAUGACGGACAUAGCUCCUUUAUCCACUGGCGUUAUAGAGCGGAUCAUGCGAGGCGAGGAAGUCGACGAGCCUGUUUUGCAAAUUUUGGUUAUCAAGAAAAUUACAGGCGGCGAAACAGAUCGUUUGCGACUACUUAUUUACGAUGGAAAAUUUCUCAAUAGUUAUUGCAUGUUAGCAACUCAACUCAAUCAUUUGCAUGAAGAAGGUAAGCUCUCCGAAUACACAAUAGUGCGAUUGGACAAUUACAGAACAUCUGUGGUCAAUGGCAAGGAUGGUGGAAAGCGUAUACUCAUAAUAGACGAAUUGAGUGUUUUAAAUCCGGGUACUGAAGUUGGUAAAAAGAUCGGUACUCCAGUUUCAUAUACCGAAGAAGACGCUGCACAAAGCAAUAAAGCAAGUUCGUCCAACAGUAGUACUGCUACCAAACCUACGGCUACAAGUAAUGCCUUGAAUCAAUCACUAACCUCGGGGCUUACUUGUCCUAUCUCCAGCUUAAGUCCCUACCAAAAUAAAUGGGUAAUCAAAGCCCGUGUUACAGCAAAGGGUCCAAUGCGCACAUGGAGCAAUGCAAAGGGUGAAGGUAAAUUUUUUAGUAUGGAUUUAUUGGAUGAAUCUGGAGAGAUACGUGCGACCGCAUUUCGCGAACAAGCGGAGAAAUUUUAUGAUAUCAUUGAAGUUGAUCGUGUUUACCAUAUAUCGAAAUGUCAGCUGAAAUCAGCGAAUAAACAGUUUAACACCCUGAAACAUGAUUAUGAAAUGACACUGAUGGGCUUAACAGAAAUCAAACCAUGCGAGGAAGACGAUAAUGAUAUACCAGAAAUUAAAUAGGAUUUGAUCCCCAUAUCGCACUUGGCGAACCUAGAAGCACGCACAAGUGUCGAUACAAUUGGUAUUUGCAAAGAAGUUGGCGAACUGCAAACAGUCACUUCCCGUACUACCAAUAGGGAAUUCAAAAUACGCGAACUGACACUGGUUGACUCCAGCAAUGCUGCUGUGAUUUUAAAACUAUGGAAUGAAGAUGCUGUCAAUUUCGAUGGGCAUGUACAACAACAAGUGAUUUUAGUUAAAGGUGCACGUGUAACGGAAUUUAAUGGUGGUAAGGAAAUAAACAAGGGUUCUGUUAUGAAAAUAAACCCAGAUAUCCCGGAAGGGCAUAAACUGCGUGGCUGGUUCGAUAAUGGCGGUGGUGAACAUAUUUCCAAUAUGAUUUCCAACAGAACCGGUUGUGCUGGUGGUGGUUUUAGCACCGAGUGGUUAACAUUACACGAGGCCCGCAGCAGAAACCUGGGCGCUGGCGACAAGCCCGACUAUUUCCAAUGCAAAGCCGUUGUCCAUAUAGUUAAAUGUCAGAAUGCCUUCUACAAGGGUUGUCCUCAACCGAAUUGCAAUAAAAAGGCUAUCGACGAGAACAAUGGUCAUUAUCGUUGCGAGCGUUGCAAUGCAGUUUUCCCCAACUUCAAAUACAGGCUAUUAAUUAAUAUGAGUAUUGGCGAUUGGACAUCAAAUCGUUGGGUCACUUGCUUCAGCGAAGUGGGUGAACAGUUAAUGAAGCGUUCGGCACAAGAAAUUGGUGAUCUACUCGAAAACAAUCCACCGGAAGGUGAAGAAGUGCUCUCCUCAAUCAAUUUCAAUUCGUACAUAUUUAAAUUGCGCAGCAAAAUGGAAGAGUUUAAUGGUGAGCAACGUAACAAGCUGACAGUACAAUCUGUUGCGCCCCUGGAUUACAAGGAGUACAAUAAAUAUUUGAUAAACAACCUUAAAGAGUUAACAGGCAUUAACAAAAAUUGAAUCAACUUGAAAUUGGUUACGUGAAUAUUAUUUGUUUAUUUCUAUCUGUUCGUAUUACACAUAACAGAGAACGUAUAUUAUAUUGCAUAUAAAUAAAACAUGUUUUCAUAUCUAACAUA